UGCUGAAGUUGUUAACUUCAAUCCUAUAUAUACCUUAAUGCAUCUUUCCAUGAAGCUCUCAUCUACUUCCCAUUUUCAAGUUCUUAAGCUAUUACCUCCUUUAUCAUAUGGCUUCUCUGCUAGCAGAAAACACUUUUCCACUCAUUUUCCUCCUCUUAACAAUAUUUUCAUCAUCCAAAGCUGAACUUCAUGCUCAUUACUAUGACCAAACAUGUCCCCAAUUGGAGAAAAUAAUUUCAGAGACAGUUCUCAGUGCUUCUAUCCAUGAUCCAAAAGUCCCGGCGCGUAUUUUGAGGAUGUUCUUCCAUGACUGUUUUAUAAGGGGAUGUGAUGCAUCAAUAUUGCUGGACUCAACUGCCACUAACCAAGCAGAGAAAGAUGGUCCUCCUAAUAUCUCAGUUCGAUCGUUCUAUGUAAUUGAUGAGGCUAAGGCAAAGCUUGAGCAGGCUUGCCCGGGCAUUGUUUCCUGUGCUGAUACACUCGCUAUUUUAGCGAGAGAUGUGGUGACCAUGUCUGGAGGUCCAUAUUGGAAUGUACUAAAAGGACGGAAAGAUGGAAGGGUAUCAAAGGCAUCUGAUACUGUCAACUUACCGGCCCCAACCUCGACUGUAGACCAACUUAUUCAGAGCUUUGCUAAGAGAGGGUUGGGAGUUAAAGAUAUGGUGACAUUAUCUGGAGGACACACGCUUGGCUUCUCACAUUGUUCUUCCUUUGAGGCUCGUGUGCAUAAUUUCAGUUCAUUGCAUUCCAUUGAUCCAAGGUUGGACACUGAAUUUGCACUAGACCUAAGAAAGAAAUGUCCAAAACCAAACAACAAUCAAAAUGCAGGGCAAUUCCUAGACUCAACAGCAUCAGUGUUUGAUAAUAACUAUUACAAACAACUACUGGCUGGAAAAGGUGUGUUUUCUUCCGAUCAGUCACUUGUUGGUGGUUACAGAACUAGAUGGAUUGUAGAAGCAUUUGCAAGAGACCAGAGUUUGUUUUUCAAAGAAUUUGCAGCUUCAAUGUUGAAACUCGGAAAUCUAGGAGGCUUUGAGAAUGGAGAAGUGAGACUAAAUUGCAGGAUUGUGAAUUGAGAGACAUCAGAGACAAAUUUGCCCUGAUUCUUUUUUGUCUUUGCAACACUUCAGUUAUUUACAAUGUUUAUCAUAAAAAUCUUGUUACUACAUAUUGAAAUAAAUGUGAUUACUUGUAUACCCGUUAUUUGAAGAAUGAUAAAAGAAAAAUGUUCACCUGUUCACAAUA